AAAGGAAAAUUGCUUACAGCAACGAUUUACAUUUCCAAUAAAUUACAGUUUCACACCCCUAUGUGAUUUUCCUUCCAUCCUUCAAAAAUUUCACCACCCUUCCCUGUUUCUUCUCUCUUUCUCUCUCUCAAUCUCUGCUUCGAUCCAUAAAUAUCAGUAAUUAAUUCUAAACCCUUUUGCCCAAAGGGUAUACAAAUUUGUAGACCAAGAUUGAGUCAGAUCGAAGUCUGGUCGGAAAGCGGUCGGUUCUUUCUGUAACGGACCGGAAUUUCGGCCUCCAUCACAGAUUUGGAUUGAAUUGGAAGAAUUGGGUUGACGGAUUUAGGAAGUCUGAUUUUGUUAAGGAUCCGGGCUUGUUGAUCAGUACAGAAUUUUGAUUAGGUGAACUGAUGGCAACUCCAGGGGGACCUAGGCCGGGGAAUUUCCCCCCAAAUUAUAAUCCAAAUUCGCUUGCUACUAAUAUGCAAAAUCUACAAAUUAAUCAGCCUAAUCAGCAGCAAUCAGGCAAUCUUGGUGGUAGUGCCCCUAGACCUCCUAAUACUACACCAUUUGGCCAGCAGCCCCCACCUUUUACUGGUAGUCGACCAGGCCCACCCCCACCUGGUGUGUUUCCGAGGGGUCCUGUUCCUCAUAAUGCUCAUGCCCAAACUACAUUGCCUACAAAUAUGGUGUCUACUAGACCUACUGGCCCACCAUCUGUAUCUCAGCCUCCUUCCUUUGCAUCAAGACCUCCACCACCUGGGGUGUUACCAUCACAAAUUGGUGGACCUGCUGCUCCAUCUUUUUCUGGUCCAGGCCCUCGGCCAGGAUCUGUAUCCUCUUCCCCUCGCACAUCAGGUCCUCCCUCUCCAACCCAUAUGAGUGCAUCUGGCCCAGUUAGUAAUGGACCGCCUGCAUUUGCCCCAGGGAUGGCACAAAGUGGGCCACGGUUCCCGCCUUCCAUGGGUAGUAUGCCAAGGCCAUCGGUUAGACCUCCUCAGCAAUCACAUGUUUUAUCGUCUCGGCCAUCUUCUCAGCCGCCACAAGUGCGCCCUGGGUUUGCUAGUCCACCUACUGGUGCAUCAUCUGCCAUGGGGCAACCAGCGCCACCAUUUUCAGCACCUGCUCAGAACAUGCCUCCUCCUCCUGGUUCAUCUCCAUUUUCAGCACCAGUUCGAGGCACACUUCAAUCAUCCAGUUCUCCUUAUGGGAUGCAGACGUGGCCACCGCAAGCACAGCAGGUGGCGCCCCCUCCAAUUCCUGGUCCUAUGCAGCAGCAGCCGCGGAUGUUUGGAAUGCCACCAGGCGGACCACCACUUCCAAAUCAAUCUAUGGCAUUAAAUCAAACAGGUCAAUCAAAAAUUGAUCCCAACCAGAUUCCGCGCCUUACUCCAAGCUCCGCUGUAAUUUUGCAUGAGACGCGUCAGGGCAAUCAGGCAAACCCUCCUCCGCCUGCAACAAGUGAUUAUAUAGUGAAGGACAAUGGAAAUUGCAGUCCGCGCUACAUGAGGUGUACUAUAAAUCAGAUUCCAUGUACAGUAGACCUUCUGUCGACAUCUGCAAUGCAGUUGGCUUUAUUGGUCCAGCCUUUAGCUCUUCCUCAUCCAUCUGAGGAGCCCAUCCAUGUUGUUGAUUUUGGGGAAAGUGGUCCUGUUCGAUGCUCUCGUUGCAAAGGUUACAUCAAUCCUUUCAUGAAGUUUAUUGAUCAAGGAAGACGUUUCAUUUGUAACUUGUGUGGAUUUACGGAUGAGACCCCUCGUGAUUACCACUGCAACUUAGGUCCAGAUGGUCGGCGCAGAGAUGCUGAUGAAAGGCCUGAGCUAUGCAGAGGAACAGUUGAAUUUGUUGCUACUAAGGAAUACAUGGUCAGAGAUCCAAUGCCUGCUGUAUUUUUCUUCCUUAUUGAUGUGUCUAUGAACGCCAUACAAACCGGUGCAACUGCAGCAGCUUGCAGUGCAAUCAACCAAGUUAUAGCCGAUCUGCCUGAGGGUCCUCGAACAAUGGUGGGCAUUGCUACAUUUGACUCCACCAUCCACUUUUACAACCUAAAACGAGCUCUACAGCAGCCAUUGAUGCUUGUAGUCCCUGAUGUACAAGAUGUCUACACUCCUCUAGAAAGUGAUGUUGUCGUUCCACUUGCUGAGUGCCGCCAACAUUUAGAGUUAUUGCUUGAAAGUAUUCCCACAAUGUUUCAGAGUAACAGAAUUGCUGAUUCAGCUUUUGGUGCUGCAGUAAAGGCUGCUUUCCUGGCAAUGAAAAGCACUGGUGGCAAACUUUUGGUCUUCCAAUCUGUAUUGCCGUCAGCGGGCCUUGGUUCCCUUUCUGCAAGAGAAGCAGAAGGCAGAAGCAACAUAUCAGCAGGAGAAAAGGAGGCGCAUAAAUUACUCCAACCAGCUGACAAAGCUCUAAAAACUAUGGCCAUUGAAUUUGCAGAGUACCAGGUCUGCGUUGACUUGUUUAUUACAACACAAACAUAUGUAGACAUAGCUUCGCUCUCUGUCAUUCCAAGAAUUACAGGAGGCCAGGUGUACUAUUAUUAUCCUUUCUCCGCCCUAUCCGAUCCUGCUAAACUUUAUAAUGAUCUUCGGUGGAAUGUUAUAAGGCCCCAAGGCUUUGAAGCAGUCAUGCGUGUUAGAUGCAGCCAGGGUAUUCAAGUCCAGGAAUAUUCGGGGAAUUUCUGUAGGCGCAUACCAACUGACGUUGAUCUACCUGCAAUUGAUUGUGACAAAACGAUAAUGGUUUCCUUGAAGCACGAUGAUAAAUUGCAGGAAGGAACUGAAUGUGCUUUUCAGUGUGCCCUUCUUUACACCACUGUCUAUGGACAAAGAAGAAUCCGGGUUUCAACUUUGUCUCUGCCUUGCACCAACAUGCUGAGCAAUCUGUUCCGGUCUGCUGACCUAGACACCCAAUUUGCUUGUAUCACGAAGCAAGUGGCUAGUGAAAUUCCUUCAGCUCCUCUUGCACAAGUCAGGGAUCAAGCUACAAGUAUUUGUGUCAACAUUUUAUACUCGUACCGCAAGUUCUGUGCUACAGUGUCGUCUUCUGGACAACUUAUUCUGCCUGAGGCACUUAAAUUGUUGCCUCUAUAUACACUUGCUUUAAUGAAAAGCACUGGAUUGCGCUCUGACGGAAGAAUUGAUGAUAGGUCCUUUUGGAUCAAUCAUGUUUCCCCUUUACCUACUCCGUUAAUAAUCCCGUUGGUGUACCCUAGGAUGAUAGCAAUUCAUGACCUUGAUGAGAAGGAGUUGGAGGAUUCAACGAUUCCUAGUCCUAUUCCACUUUCCAGUGAGCACAUUACAGAUGAAGGGAUAUAUCUUCUUGAGAAUGGAGAAGAUUGUUUGAUUUGUGUUGGUAAUUCCGUUCAGUCAAGUAUAUUGCAACAGUUGUUCGGCAUUUCAUCCGUUGAAGAAAUUUCUAGUCAGUUUAUUCUGCAGCAAUAUGACAAUUCAUUGUCAAAGAAGCUGAACACCAUCGUGAAUGAAAUAAGGCGCCAGAGAUGUUCUUACCUACGCUUGAAAUUCUGCAAAAAGGGAGAUCCAUCAGGGAUGACGUUUUUCUCUCACAUGGUUGAAGACAAGACCCAAAGUGGGCUCUCUUACGUCGAGUACCUAGUCCACAUCCAUCGGCAGAUUCAGAGUAAAAUGGCUUGAUGCUAGACAUAAAAGUUCUAUAGCCAACAGUUUUGAUUACCCUAGAACAAGACCCCACCAGCUGAAGCUGUCAAAGGGUUUUUGUGGUUUUGAGGUGGGAUUGGAGUGGGGGUGGGGGUGUUAUAAUUUUGUGAGGAAGAGAAUUGAUUGUUUUUAUGGUUCUGUUAUAUAGAGGUAAAAGAUAGAAAUAAAACACUUAAAAGGGUUGCUUUAGUUUCAGAUGUUCAAUGUCCUUAUUUAUCAUCUCUUGCUACAUACAUAAAAUUUUGCAAUGUAAAAGUUGAGAUGUAAAAGCAAGUUUUGGCUCUGGAUGGGUCCAUAUGUUGUAGUAAAAUUUAGAUUUGACUAUUUGUUCCUUGAGGUCACAUUUGUUGUAACCCACACUUUCACUUUGUUUACAGUGAAAUCAGACAACUUCCAAUCACUUCUUCUA